AUGACGGUGGAUGCUUCAAGUAUCGUGGAGCAGUGCUACUCCGUCUCCGCCGAUGUCAUUGCAGAGGACGCCGACACGAUGACCCUCCUGGUGGUGCGGUGGAACAGAACGGGAGACAACCGCUCCGUGCCUGGACUUUUCUGCCGCUUGAAGGUCCUCGAGGUGGCGGGGGAGGUCGACCAGCUCACCAUCCCCAUCUUGGGGCCUUGUGAGGCGCUCGGGAGGCACGUCAUGCUGAGGGGGCAGGCGUACCUCGACUCGCCCGGCAGCCUCGACUACACCGGGGCCGCCCUCAUCACGGGGUGGGGACCUGGACGGGGCAAAGUUUUGGUCGCAUUUACUCUUGUCAAGCACGUAGUGGGGAUGGCUUGCGACAAGGUUCGGCGUCGACUCACGGAUGAGGUGAAUGAGAGCAUCUGGGCCCUCAACUGGCUCGCGGGUUCUUCUGCGACCAACACGAAGUUUUCGUCGCUGGGGCAGCGCGCCGCGGUCGACCACCUGUACGACACCCUCAACUCUUUUCGGCCGCCAUCGGAGGUGGCCUCUGACGAGGAAGCCAUGCGUGCGCUUCUCGGGAGUGGAGCCCCUUACUCUGGGGACGAUGAUUUGACGGUGGUUCCCUACGACCGUGCUCUGGUGUCGAUCCCUGGUGAAGGGCGGGCCCCCGUCCCGCUGACCGAGGUGCAGCCGCCAGGUGCCGCGAAGAUGAUCGUAGAUUUUGACACCCACCUGCUCAAGGACGACAACCAGUGGGGGGCGGAAAUGGAGCGGGGUCUCGAGCACAUUGGGUCCUACAUGGACCCUCGGCUUCGCUUCAGUCGACGCAGCUAUCUCAACUUCAUUGGGGACCCGUUCAGAGGUGGGCUUCUCGCUCGGCGACGGGACGACCAGGUUCGAGGCAGGAUGUCGGUAUUCUUUGUGCGGAAGAAGUCGGGCAAACAUCGCUUCGUCGUUGAUUGCAGGCGUGUCGAUGCCCGUUUCCGAGAGCGCCCGCACGUUCCGAUGGGCUCGGGGUCGUCCUGGGCCGACGUCGUGAUGGACACGGAUCGCGCCCCUCCGCCCCCUUUCCGGGCGGGCCCCGAGCUGGCGCUGCCGCGCUGCGACAACUUCGUGGCGGCUGCGUCCUCCAAAGCUCGCGCCGAUGCCCUCCGCGAGGACUGCAAGCGGAGGCUCACCUCGCUCGGUUUCGAGGUCCAUGAGGAGGAAGCUGCGCGGCGCUGGGCCGAGUCCUUGGGGUUCGCGAUCGACGGGUUGACGGGCGAGCAUCGCCCUAGCCCCACCAAGGCCUGGCGGCUUCGCCAGGUCUGCCGCCGCUUGAGCCGCCAGCGACCCUGGCUCAGUGGUCGCCAGUUGGAGCGGCUCUUGGGCCAUGCUACCUUCCAGUUCUUGGGACACAGGCCGUUGCUCUCGAUUUUCCGCAGCUGUUGCACCUUUGUGCAGUGCAACUACCUCCGACCGCGGCGGCUUUGGCGAUCGGCUGCCGAGGAGCUCCGCGCGGCUGCUGCCAUGCUGCCCUUCGCCAGGGCGAACAUGCGGCGGCCCUGGGCUUCCGAGGUGGAGGUAUUCGACGCCAGUCCAGCGGGGUGUGGCAUCCUGUCCGCGGCCUUGCCAAAGGAGGUGGUCGCGGAAAUCGGGAAGACUGAGGAGCUCGAGCUGAGAGAGAUCUUGGUGAGCCCCCUCGAGAUGAAGUCGAUCGGAAGGCAGUCGAUCCCCCGCUACCUCCAGCUAUGCGGGGAGUUCUCGGACUUCGUGGCCGCCCACGGCUCCGACUUCAGCGCGGACGAGGUCGUGGGCGAGGCUCUGGUGCAGCGGACGAACUUCCUGUACUUGGAUGGGUGGCAGGCAGCUCCGGUCGCCCGCCACUCCCAGCUGCCGCGCGCGUGGGAGGCCGCGGUCGCGGGGGCGGUGACCGGGCGCGGGGGGCUCGAGAGUGCCCAGGGGAGGCUGGUGAUGCACGAGGCGCACCUGCGCGCUGGAGAGGCGGCGCGGCUCCGGGCCGGGGACCUCGCCCCGCCUGUGGGCCGGCGCCGCAGCCACGCACGCGUCGUGCUCAUCCUCGACUCCUCGAGCCCCAGUAUCCCCGCCAAGAUAAGCGCGCUGGACGAUGUAGUCACGCUGGCGGAUUGGCUCUUCCCGACGGCCCAGGCGUUGCCGCUGCUGAGGGACCAGCGCUCCCCGCACGAGCCACUGUUCGUGACAACGCCCAGGGGUGGCAGGAGGUUCCUCGACCCGACCCUCCUCGACCUCUGGCUCGCGAACUGGAACCUCACCAGCUGCCAGUUUCGCCACAGCGACCUCCGUCGACGUGCUCGCUCCGCUCACCGACUGGUUCCAGACAUCGUGGAUCGCGGCAGGGCUGGUAUUCCCACCGAGGCCUUCGACGUCGCCGACGGACCCGGUGGCGAUCUCCUGCGGCCGGAGGCGUGCGCCGCCGCGGCCGCGGCCUUUGCGCAGCCCGUGCAGAUCAGCGCUCCUCGCGGGGCGCGGCCGGGCCACCCCUCGACGAGCCGCCGGAUCGCGGCUGCCGCGGACCGGCUUGCCGCCGCGCUGCGCGAAGCUCUCAACGGCACGGCCGCGGCGGCCGAGCUGCUGGACGAGGAGGUGCUGGAGGCCGUCCAGUGGGCCCGCUACCACGACCGCGUCAACAGCGUCCAGCUGGUGGUGUACGCCAACAAGGCGCACGAGAACUUGGGCGUUCUCCAGGCAUCGGGUCCCCUGCCGCUGAGAGUCCUGAGCCAGGAUGGCGAGUGGAAGGGCACUAUGGACAAGCUCAUCGGCUACUGGAGCUUCCUGCAGACGGUGGACGACGCCGACAUCGUUGCGUUCGUCGACGCGUUUGAUGUUUUCCCCAACGGCAUCGAUGGGCACGAGCUGUUGAGGCGGUACUUCUCGUUUGGGCGACCCGUGGUGAUCUCCGCGGAGGAGAACAUCUUCCCGCGAGAGGUGGCACCCCUAGCCGACGAGGCCAUUGAGAUUCUUGCUGAGAUGGGCGCCGCCAACUCCUCUGCGCCGUCGCGCUUCCUGAACGCGGGGGGGAUCAUCGGGAGAGGCUGGGCGCUGCGGCGCAUCUACAACGAUGUGCGCGAAAACAUGUACGAGCUCUGGCGCUACCUCAUCCGCCACGCCGAGGCGUCCCGGGGCGCGGGGAGGGCGCCGCUGCUGGCGCUGGAUACGGAGCAGCUGAUCUUCGGCUCGACCGUGUACGUGAAGGACAACUGGCCCGACGUGUUCGGGGCCGACGUCAUGGGCGGCGUGCGGGGCAGCCACUCCAUCGACGUGGACGUGGCGCUGGUCUUCGACGCGCCUCAGGAGCUCGCCCGUCGCACGCGCCCCUGCCGAGCCGGGUAG